AUGAACCAUGUACUUCACCACUUCAUUGGCAAAUUUGUGGUUGUUUAUUUUGAUGAUAUUCUAAUUUAUAGCAGGAGUUUUGAAGAUCAUCUUAAGCAUCUAAGGGCUAUUUUUGAAGUUCUACGCCAAGAAAAGUUAUAUGCGAACAUCAAGAAGUGCACUUUUUGCCACGAUCAAGUCACAUUCCUUGGCUUUGUGGCAACCAAACAUGGCGUGGAGGUGGACAAAGAGAAGGUGCAAGCAAUACAAGAAUGGCCAGUACCAACUAUAAUCGCGGAGGUGAGAAGCUUUCAUGGCCUAGCCUCUUUCUACAAGAGGUUUGUAAAGAAUUUUAGCACCAUCAUGACCCCCAUAACAGAAUGCUUAAAGAAGGAAAAGGAAUUUAAUUGGAGUGAAGCUGCCCAAAAGAGCUUUGAACUCAUCAAAGAAAAACUGACCUCUACUCCAAUACUUGCAUUGCCGAAUUUUUUGAAGACCUUUGAGGUAGAAUGCAAUGCUUCCGGAGUGGGAAUCGGGGCUGUUCUAAUGCAAAAAGGAUGUCCCAUUGCUCAUUUCAAUGAAAAGUUGAAUGGAGCUAGUUUGAACUACUCAACCUAUGAUAAAGAGUUCUAUGCUCUUGUUCGUGCCUUGGAGACUUGGCAACACUACCUCUUACUAAGAGACUUUGUUAUCCACACAGACCAUGAGUCCUUGAAACACCUAAAAGGACAAAGUAAGCUGAACAAGCGACAUGCCAAAUGGGUGGAGUUUCUUGAAUCAUUCCCAUAUGUGAUCAAGUAUAAGAAGGGACACUCUAACAUUGUGGCUGAUGCAUUAUCCAGGAGAGAAUUAUUGGUAAGGGAGGCACAUGGAGGGGGUUUUGCUGGCUAUUUCGGUGAAAUUUUGACUUUGGAAGCCUUAAAGGAGCAUUUCUAUUGGCCAAGUAUGAUGAAAGAUAUGCACAAGGUAGUGGAGAAAUGUGUGGCGUGCAAGAAGGCUAAAAGCAAGGAGAUGGCGCAAGGGCUGUAUAUGCCUCUUCUAGUUCCUAUUCACCCAUGGGAACAUGUGAGCAUGGAUUUUAUGCUUGGCUUGCCCAGAACUCAAAGGGGCAAAGAUUCCAUAUUGGUUGUUGUUGACCAGUUUUCUAAAAUGGCUCAUUUUGUUCCUUGCCAUAAAAUUGAUGAUGCUUCUCUUAUUGCUAACCUUUUUUUUAAAGAAAUUGUUAGGUUGCAUGGCAUUCCAAAAAGCAUUGUUUCAGAUCGUGAUGCCAAGUUCCUAAGCUAUUUUUGGAAGACUUUGUGGAAGAAGCUUGGAACUCGCCUCCUCUUUAGCACAGCCUGUCAUCCUCAAACAGAUGGGCAAACGAAGGUGGUGAAUAGAACUCUCUCUAACUUGCUUAGAGUUGUCAUCAAGAAGAAUUUGAAUAGUUGGGAUGAAUGCUUGGCCUAUGUUGAAUUUGCCUAUAAUCGAAGUGUGCACAGCUCAACUAAGCACUCUCCUUUUGAAGUAGUUUAUGGCUUUAAUCCAAUCACACCAAUGGAGUUAAUGCCAAUUCCUAUUCAAGAAAGAGCCAAUGUUGAUGGGAAAAAGAAGGCAAAGAUGGUGAAGUCUAUGCAUGAGCAAAGGAAGCAAGUGCAGUUUGAACCAGGUGAUCUAGUGUGGCUUCACUUGAGGAAAGAGAGAUUUCCAAAUCAAAGGAAGUCCAAGCUAUUGCCAAGAGCUAAUGGUCCAUUCUGCGUGGUAGCAAGGAUCAAUGACAAUGCCUAUAAGGUGGAUUUUCCAGAUGAGUAUAAUAUUUCUUCUACUUUCAAUGUGAGGGAUCUUUCUCCUUACUUGGAAGAUGAUUUUGAGGUUGGGAAAGAAUAUGAUUUAAGGGCAAAUCCUAAUCAACAAGUGGGAGAUGAUGUGCCACAUGAUGACAUGACAUACGAGGGCCCAUCGACUAGGUCCAAAAGCGAGCUCAUACUUUGCUUGCUUGUAUUCAGAAUUAAAGAAGUUGGGUUGGACUUAGCAAGUCCAUGGGGCAUGUGA